AUGGCACUAGCGCCCAAGUCAAAAUCUCCCGCACUCGUAGCGUCGUCUUCAAGCGUCUUGUCGGAUAUGCCGUCCGUCUCUCCAUCGUCUUCAUCGUCGUCGUCAUUUGACAUAUCGCCAGUCCACUCUAAUGUGUCCAGCUUAAAUAAUCUUCACUUACUACCCGACGAAACUGUCCAACACUCUGUCCCUUGUUCCUUUGUGUUCCCCGAAACACUGACACUUCCAGUUCUCCCUGGAACACUUUACAUCACGACAUUUCGGCUUCGUUUCGAGCCUCAAAGUGCGUCUUUACGUGGCAAUGGUAACUUCCAUCGACUCCUCGAUACUGCUCUUCAAGGUAUGCCACGCGCAGCUGUUGCCAAACUUUCAUACCCCCAAGCAACCGUUUCGACCAUGAAUGCGUACACUGGUGCGACCCCCACCCGUCUUGUCAUCAAGUUUAAAGAUUUACGCGCUUGGACACUUGGUGGUGAUGUGACACGAUUGUUACCAGCAAUCAAUCGGUACGCGUUUGUAGAGUCACCAUUGCGGUUAUUUGCGUUUAUGUCAACAUUUCCAAAAGAUAGUCUACAUGGUCAUGCACUCUAUAAUUUAGACGACGAUUUUGCUCGAAUGGGCAUCACUUUGAGAAAUGGGUCAAGUGCCUACCGAGUGACCAACUUAAACGCAUCCUUUGUAAUGUGUCCGACGUAUCCUCAAGAAUUGGUCGUACCAACAGCAGCCACUGACACAGAAGUCGGCGCUGUAGCAUCCUUUCGAUCUAAAGGACGACUUCCAAUCUGUAGCUACGUACAUGCACAGAAUGGUGCUGCAUUAUGGCGAUGUGCUCAGCCAAAACGUGGCAUUUUGCACGCACAGAACCAGUCGGACGAACAGUAUUUGCUUCACAUUGCACGUGCGUCUAGUCCGACUGGAAAUCCAAACACGCGUCGGAUUUGGAUCGCAGAUUGUCGACCAGAGCUUAAUGCAAGAGUAAAUAACUUGACAGGAGGUGGCACAGAGCGAGGGAACCUCGCACAUGCCCGCGUAACGUUUUUGAACAUUGGAAAUAUCCAUGCGAUGCGGGAGAGUAUGGAGGCUGUUCGUACAUUAGGCGGUUUUGAGGCCUCAAGUACCAUAACAGAGCCGACAGAUCUUGCUUGGGGGACUCGCGUCGAAGAUACAAAGUGGUUGCUACAUGUACGACGGGUCUUAAGUGGCGCGUUGCAAGUCGCACGUGCAUUGGACAGUCAAGCCACAACUGUCGUCGUACAUUGUAGCGACGGCUGGGACCGAACAGCUCAGCUCUGUGCGCUGGCUCAGCUCCUCGUGGAUGCGCAUUAUCGAUCGCGAAGAGGAUUUCUCGAGGUGAUUGAGAAAGAGUGGGUACGUGCAGGCCAUAAGUUUCAGGAACGGGUCGCUCCCGGGAAAUCCGAAGAUGACGAUGAUCAACAAGCACCUAUUUUCUUGCAGUUCUUAGACUGUGUCUGGCAGCUUUUACGUCUAUAUCCCACGUACUUUGAGUUUAAUGAGCGGAUGCUUGAAGCAAUGGCUGACGCGCUUUUCUCGGGCAGAUACGGCACGUUUUUGGGUGAUUGUGAGCGAGAACGGAUGGCAUGGAGAGUACGCGAGCGAACGCCUUCGUUAUAUACGUAUUUACUUCAAAGUGACCGAUUCGUAAAUCCAUUUUACCGUGGCAGUAGUACGGACGCACUGCUGCCAGAUCCACCCACCCUACUUCGUCAAGUCGCGCUAUGGACGUCGUACUAUUUCCGCGGCGCUCCAUUCCCAUCUACACCUCCAGGUAAUCCGACGCCACCAACGUACGCUACAAACGAUCUCGGAGAUGACAAUGUGCCGUCGAGUCAUGCACAAGAAGAUCUAGAGAACGCCAUGACUGCUGCGCUACGUCGAAUUCGCGAACUAGAAGAUGCUCUUCGCGUUGCAACGUCCGAGCCGUCCCCUCUACGACCAGCACCGAUGUCCUACCCACCAUUGUAUGCACCCACUGCUGAACCCGAUCAAACUGCGUACCGGCACAAUUCAAAUGGGUCGUCCUACUCAAAUUGUAGCAAAGAAAGCGUGCACGCUGAUCAACCCACCACUCUCCCUCCAUCAGCACCUGUCCAGCCUCUCUCCACAUGGACGUGUAGCCUCUGUACCAAGACAAAUAUGGCAGACGUCCUGCAAUGCGUUGUAUGUGGUCGCACGCCACGCUAG